AUGUCCGAGCAGGAGCUAACCCUUGGUGAGCAUUGCGUUCUUUCUCAAGUAUUGUUCCCAGUUCUUUUGGAUGCCGAGUUGACUGUAAUACAAGGCGCCGUCGUCGAGCUUACGCAGACGGACAACGGGCAGUACACGGCUACGCAGAAGCAACUCGCCCAAGGUACCCCGCCCAGCCAAGUCGAGGGACAGCCGUCUUCCAGCAGAGCGGUUAACCGCGACGGCCAGGUCACCGGCUACGUCGACCUCGCCAGCCUCGAGCUUGGCGUCAAUGUGUACGUCGCCGGCAUCAGCCUGGGCAACCUGUAUGGCCAGCUCCAGGAUGGCGUUGGGGUCAAGGUGGACCUGCUCGUUGUCAAGGGCGAGAUCAAGUUCUACCUUAAGAACGGCAAUGAACUUUGGACUUAUUUAGAUAUAAGCAUCAGUUUUGAUGGCUCGUACAACGGUGACUACAAGAUUGUAAGCCUCUAG